AAUAUAUACUAAAAUUUUUAGAAUUUUUGGAUAUUAUGCGACGGAUGACAGAAGAAUACUCAUCUCCUUUUCAAAUGUGGAUGGGCGGCAACUUAUUAAUUGGAAUAUAUGACCCACAACAAGCAAAACAUAUCUUACGCAACAGAAAUUGUAUCGAUAAAAGUAUAAUGUAUAAACUUGCCGAACCAUUAUUUGGUAUGGGAUUACUUACUGCUCCUGCAUCCAUAUGGACUCGAAUAAGAAAAAUAGCUGCAUUUACAUUCAGUCCAUCUAUGUUGCAAAAUUUUUUUAAGAUUUUCGUUGAAGAAUCCGAAAUACUUGUACAUCAAUUGCAAAAAAACGAUUUAAACGGAAAUGAAAUUGAUCUCCAUGAUCAUAUAUCAAAUUGCUCUUGGAGAAUGGCAUGCGGUUCUUUGAUGGGCAUAAAGUUGGAACAAGAAAAAAACAAGGAAUAUGUCAAAGCAAUUCAGAGGUUGAAAAAUAAUAUUAUAUAUAGAGUAAGAAACAAAUUAUUUUUUGAUUGUAUAUUCUAUAUUACUGCUUUGGGGCGCAACCACAAGAAAGAUACAGAUUUUAUAAAUUCACUUAGCGAUGAGAUGAUACAGCAGCUCACACAUGAUCUCAAUAAUCCGAAUACAAAAGAUGGAAAUAGCCGUACUCACAGAACAUUUUUCGAAAUUCUGACAGAAGCAUCGCGUAAAAACAAUUUUACACGAGAAGAGAUUCAUGAUAAUGUAAUGACAAUGUUACUAGGGGCCAAUGACACAAUUACUAGUUUGAUUAAUUUUGUGACCUUUCUAUUAGGGAGUUUCCCCGAAGUGCAAGAAAAGGUAUAUAAAGAAUUAUGUGAAAUUUAUGGAACUAAAAGUACAAAAGAUGCGCCAGUCAUGUAUGAGGACUUACAAUAUAUGUGUUAUUUGGACGGUGUCAUAAAAGAAACUAUGAGAAUUUUUCCCACUGUACCUCUAAUUUCACGAAAGGCAACAAAAGACAUAAAAAUAGGUUUGUUCUUUUUUUUGCAUUCUUAUUUGAAUUACUUAUUGUAAAUAAUAAGAAAAUUC